CCUGUAGACUGUAACGGCUACUUCCCAUUUCGAAACAAUAAACUCCUCCUCUUCGCAAAUCCCAAAACCAAAAUCUUCACAUCCAUUUCUAAUCGCCAAACAAAAACGCCAAAAAAUAUCUUACUCAAUCUUCUCCCCAAUCUCAUAAUUUUCUGCUCAAAUUCUCGUCGGUUUCGACUCCGAUUCUUGAUCCCUGUUCGUCCCAGAGAUCAUUGGCCAUGGACCUCGGCUGCUUGGACUUGGGUUGCAUCUCCGUGUCUGACAAGCACCGCGCUAACGACGCCGUUCUUGACUCAGACAACACAGAAAACGCCGCCGCCGAGCAGUUCUCCGCCAGCCCCAGGAUCGGCAAGAAUAGAAAUUUGAAAGAGGCUAGCCUAUCAACGCUGAAUUCUGUUAACAAAUCCGCUGCUCAAAUUAAGAAGCCUUCUCAUCGUAGAACCUCUCCUCUGAACUGGUUUCCGCGGAAAAAAAUGGACUCCUAUCUUAAGAGGAAGAUCAAAAUGCUGCAGGAAGUAGAUGGGAUGAAUUUAACUCUCGAUGAGACUCUAGGUGAUUCUAAUCCACAUUACUCGAAAGUCCUAAGGGAGAAAAUGGCAGCAAAAGAAGCUGCACAAAAAGCAAUGGAGGUACGAAAAGCAGCAUUGGUGGAAGCAUCUUGGUGUCGAAUACUCAAAGCAGCAAGGAUCCAAUGCAAAGAAGCUGAAGCCCAGCUGUUGAAAGCAGAUAAAGCUGCAGCUGAAGCUUUUGAAGAGGCAACUGCCGUGGGAGUUAUCAUGUAUGACAAGCCAAAUUGCCCUCGGAAGCCCUGUAAAAUAGAAACAUCCACUGUUAAUGGCGGAGGUUCGACUACUCACACGGUCACAGCAUCUUUUGAGUCUGCAUUUGAGGUGGAUAAAGAAGUAGCUGCAGCUGUAAAGAUUGCAUUAGUACGGCUUGGAAACUGCCCAUCUUUUGAUAAAGAUGAAUUUAAAGAACUGCUUCGAAAGAUUAGCGAGAACCCUGAUACUGAUAUAGUUGAACUUGAAACUAAUCAUGAAUCAUCUGAGUUUACUUCAGAAUGUGAAUCAGAAUCUGGAUCAGAACUUGACGCAUUAUCCCAGAAAGAUAAUAUCAUUUCCAAAGAUUUGAAUCAGAACGAGAUGCCAGAUUUAGAGGCAAGACAGAGGAAAAACAGAAGGCAGUCUUUUGGUAAGCUUAAUAUGGCAAAGAUAGCAGACAUGAUGCUCGAGAGACUUCAAUGUUUGCAAGAAGAUGAACUCUCUUCUCUUGCCACUAUAGUUGCUACUUGUGGUUUAAAUGCUGCCUUAGCGGAAAGCAAGCUGCACGAUCCCGGCUCUGCUGCUGAGACCCUGCCACAAAGAAUAACAGCGGCGAAGCCUGAGUACUUCAGAGAUGGGCAGAUCCGAAAGAAGCAACCUGUAUCAGAACUCCCAAGUCUAGACAAGUUUUUGGUUAAGCACGUGACUAAGCUUGAAAGAGAAGUGGAAGAAGCCAAGAAUAGAAGUAAGUCGAAGGAAGGAACUGCAGAGAAUUCUAACAGAACUGCAGACAAAAAGGCCAAUUCAGAAACCAUUCCAGGCUUGGGAAGCAUCCUUCUGAAGCAUGGUUCAAAGUUUGAGAAGGAGAUUGAAGAGGCGAAGAAAAAUUCAAGAGGAGAUUUUGAAAUGCUUCAAAAGAAUUCAAAGAGCAACAAAAUAUCAUCUGAAGCCAUUCCUGACUUGGCAAUUACACUAAUUAAACAUUCUUCGAAGCUUGAAAAGCAAGUUGAGGCAGCCAAGAAGAACUUUGUGAAAACAUCUGCAAUGAGUCACAAAAAAGAGAAUGACUUAGAACUCCCCAGCCUCGAUAAGUUCUUAGUGAAACAUGUCUCAAGACUUGAGAAGGAAGUCCAAGAAGCAAACAACAGAAGGCAAGCUGACACACAUGAAGGAGUUAGGUUCCCUUAUUUGAAGAAGAAAGUUGAAUCAUCUACUUCGGUUGCACAACCAAAAGAAAAGGCUACUUCUUGUUCCAGGGAAGGAUCAGUGGGGAAAGAAAAUAUCAACUUAAAUAAUGAUGUCGAAGAGAAUUCUAUGAUGGAGCAAAAUGAAAGUGAAGCUUCACUGCAGAUUGGAGAAGUGAAGCCUAGUGCAGGUGAAACAAAGUCACUUCACAAGGCCGAAACUAAGGAGACUGAAGAUAGUCUGGACAAGAUCCUUCUCAAACCAAUGCAUAGGUUGGAAAGGGAGAAAAUGCAAGCUUUGGAAAUGGAAGACAAUUAUAAAUUCGAAAAGAAAAAGGGAGGAAACAGCGAUUCCCAAUGUGAGAGCUUGGACAAAGUUUUGGUAAAACAUGUUUCCAGACUGGAGAAAGAGAAGAUAAAGUUCCGUGCAGAGGAAGAAGCAACUGAAGUGAAGAGAAGUAACGCAAAGCUGCUGUCACGUGCAGACGAAGCAUGUGGUUUGGACCAAAUUCUCAUUAAACACAAAUCAAGGCUCGAAAGAGAAAAGGACUUCGCUGCUCAGCAACCAGAAGACCAAGUUAGAUACUCCGUCAGUCGUAAAGAAGCAAUGGAGAGAGAACUGCAAGAACAAUGGGGAGGUUUAAGCUUAGGAAACUCCCUGAGACCAAGAGAGAAGGCGGCUGCUGCUCAGCAACCAGAAGACCAAAUUAAAUUCUCUGUGGCUCGUAAAGAAGCAAGGGACCGAGAACUGCAAGAACAAUGGGGUGGCUUAAGCUUAGGAAACUCCAUGAGGCCACAUGUUUCAAAACUAGAACGUGAUAAGGCCGCUUGGAUCAAAGCUGAACAGGAGGAGAAGAGGCAAGACACGGUUUUCUCAGAUUAAAGCCGGCGAUUAGAAAAGGAGGGAAGAUCUGAAGGAGAUACUAGUAAAUGCAAUGUGAAAUUUGUGAACCACGGUUCUCUUUAUUUUCUGUUCAGUAAUUUUCUUAUGGCUUUCGCUAUUUUGUAUUGUAACAGGAGAAUGAAAUUUGUCUAUGUAAAUGGUAAAUCAUUUGGUUAGUUCUUUGAUUUUGGUA